AUGGAACAAUCAUGUGAGGAAGAGAAAGAGCCUGAACCACAGAAGAACAUACAAGAAACCAAACAAGUAGAUGACGAAGAUGCUGAGCUCAUCUUUGUUGGUGUGGAACAUGUAAAUGAAGAUGCUGAGCUAAUCUUUGUUGGGGUGACUUCAAAUUCAAAACCAGUCGUUUCAAACAUUUUGAACAGAGUCACCCCGGGUUCAUGGUCAAGGAGAAAAAAGUAUGAUCACCUUAGAAAAGAUACUGCUCGCAAAUUGCAGCCUAAAAGUCAUGAGACCGUUACAUCAGAAGCAGUGACCGUCCUGCCAGCUUCCCAACUUGAAUCGAGAUCAACAGAUAGUCCUAUUAUUAUUGAGCCUUUGUCUAAACCUGAUUAUAGAAAUAGUUCACCACAAGUUGUGCCUAAUAACUCUUCAGAAUUACCUUCUCCUUUGAUUACAUUCACAGGUUCAUUGCAUCAUCCAGUAAGUACAGCACUUUCAGUAGGAGGUAUAAAUGAAAGUCCUCGUGUAUCAAAGCAACUUUCCACUUUCGAAGUAAACAGCAUAAAUCCCAAAAGGGCUAAACUCAGGGAUGGAAUUAUAGAAGGAAAUUCUUCAGCUUCGUUCCCUUCAGAUACCUUUCAUACAAUGAAUACUCAGCAAAGUACACCCUCAAAUAAUGUUCAUACCUCAUUAAGCCAUGUUCAGAAUGGAGCACCUUUUCCAGCAGCUUUUCCAAAGGACAAUAUCCAUUUCAAGCCUAUAAAUACAAAUCUUGAUAGGGAAAAUGAAUUGGCAAAAACAGACAUUUUGAGUCUAACAAGUCAAAACAAGACCUUUGAUCCCAAGAAAGAAAAUCCCAUUGUGUUACUUAGUGACUUUUACUAUGGACAGCAUAAAGGAGAUGGGCAGCCGGAACAGAAGACUCACACCACCUUUAAAUGCCUCAGCUGCGUGAAAGUUCUAAAAAAUGUUAAGUUUAUGAAUCACGUGAAGCAUCAUUUGGAAUUUGAGAAGCAGAGGAACGACAGCUGGGAAAACCACACCACCUGCCAGCACUGCCACCGGCAGUUUCCCACUCCCUUCCAGCUACAGUGUCACAUCGAAAAUGUCCACACUGCCCAGGAGCCCUCUGCUGUCUGUAAAAUCUGUGAAUUGUCAUUUGAAACAGAUCAGGUCCUCUUACAACACAUGAAGGACCAUCAUAAGCCUGGCGAAAUGCCCUAUGUGUGCCAGGUUUGCCAUUAUAGAUCGUCGGUCUUUGCUGAUGUAGAAACACAUUUUAGAACGUGCCAUGAAAACACAAAGAAUUUGCUUUGUCCCUUUUGUCUCAAAAUUUUCAAAACAGCAACACCAUACAUGUGUCAUUAUAGGGGCCACUGGGGAAAGAGUGCACACCAGUGUUCCAAGUGCCGGCUACAGUUUUUAACUUUCAAGGAGAAAAUGGAGCACAAGACCCAGUAUCAUCAAAUGUUUAAGAAGCCUAAGCAACUAGAAGGAUUACCUCCUGAAACAAAAGUUACUAUUCAAGUGUCGCUGGAACCUCUUCAGCCAGGAUCAGUGGAUGUAGCAUCCAUAACUGUGAGCACAUCUGACUCUGAACCAUCACUCCCCAGGUCUAAAAGCAAAAUUUCAAAAAAGUCCCAUUAAUUCUAGUUUCAGUAAAUCUAAAGCAAGUAUUUCAAACCAAAUUAAAAAACCUCAUAAAACAAAAAAUACAAACCAUACAUUAUUCAGUAGCACCAAAAAUAGUGAAACUAGUGGAUUAUAUAUGACUUUUUAAACAAGAUUCAGGAUAUAUAUUAUUUGAUCUGAAUUUUGAGGUAUUAUUUUAAAACAUCUGGUUUUCAUGUUAACUGUAUCUGGCUUAACACAUAAAAGGUGUUUGUGUGUGUAUGUGUGAGAGAGAAAAAGGUAUUAAUUUAUUUUUUUAAUUUUAAUUUUUUUUCUUUUUCUUUUCUUUUUUUUUUUUUUUACUUUA